AUGCAACAUUUGAUUAUAAUAGAGCAACUCAAAUUUGAAUAUGGAUUAAAUUAUAUAUUAGUAAGAUAACUUAAUAUUAUUAAUUGUUGGUUUAGAUCAACAAAUUAAUUUGAUAGAGUUUGGGUAAAUAAAUUAAAUGAAAAUUAAAUGUAGAACACAAUUUAAGUGUGGGAAUUUUGUGAAGUUAAAUCAAAAGGAGCCAAUUUGUAUAUUGUUACAUAAGAAUUAUAAAUGAAAGAUUGUUAAUUGGAUGGUGUUGGAAUGUUCAUAGUAACAUAAGGAAAAGGAAAUCUAUUUAUCAAUAAUACUAUUUUUAGAAAUAUGAUAACAAAUUUAGAUUCAAAAUAUUUAACUUAAGGAGGUGGCUUAGCUAUUGAUGCAAAAGCUUCAACUCUUUAACUUACUUUAUCAUUUAUAAAUAUGAAUAAUUGUUAAAGUAGAUCAAUAGGUGGUUAGGAUCAUCAAAGAAUUAAUAAUUAAUUUCUAUUAAUGAUAGUAAAUUUACUAAAUGUUAAUCAUUAACAUCUUAAUUUAUGGAAGAUUAAUUUUUUGAUUUUAUUAAUUAAAUAGUGUAAAUGAAUAAUUUAAGAAUUGAAAAUAAUAAUCUUGAAGAAUUUUUACCAAAAGUGCCAGCUUUAACAGACUCUGAAAUUGAUUAAUUUAAAGUUACAGCCUCUCCUUAUACACAAUCAAAUGGAUAAUUGAAGACGAAUAAAAUUUACAUUUUUAACAUAGCAAAUUAAAAUAUUAUUUAUGCAACAAAUUUGUAUUUUAAUUAAAUUUAAUUUGUAAAUAAUACAAUUUUUAGUGCUCCACUCUUUCGUUUAACUUUAAAAGAUGAAUUGGGUACUGCUUAUUUAGGUUCAAUUACAUUUUCUGGCAAUACACAAUUUAUACCUUAAAAAGGAUUUUAGGUAUAAAUUGUGUAUUAUUUCUUGAAUCUCCAGGUUAGGAUAUGAUGAAUAGACUUGUGAUAUUUGGUAAGAAAAUAUUGCUUUAGUAGAUCAAAUAUUUUCUGAUGCCCAUUAUUACAUUUAAGAUUUAGAAUUAGAAUAAGAAUAUUUAAAAAUGUCUAAUAAAGAUAAAUAUGAAUGGGAUGAAAUUUUUAAUUAAUUAUAACCAACAUUUGAUGAUAUUCCUCUUAAUUUUUAAUACAAUUAAAAUUUUAAGGAUUGUAUUUUUUCUAUAUUGUUGGAUGAAAUUUCAAAUAAAACUGCUGCUUAUAUUUAAAUAUAAAAUGUGAGAGAAGGAAAUCAAAUAAAUGAAAGAAGGAAUAGAAUUCAGCAAUAAUAAUUGCCCAACUUGCCCCUAUGGAUUAUUAUAGAUUUUUUUAGUUGA